ACGCCUGGCGCCGCGGCGCUCAGUCGCCAACGUUGGCUCCCACCCGACGGGCGGGCCGGGCGAUGCGCGCGCGCCGCGGCCGGUCGCCUACAACGAACCCCUAACGACCAAUGUUUUAAUCGCACCUUUUCUUCGAACGAACGACACAAGUUUUGCUAUUUGAUUUGACGCCCCUACGAUUUUCCCGUCGAGCCGCCGUUGUGCGGCGUGCGACGCGGCGUCAUCAUGUACUCUCACCCUUACCCACCCCCACCCCCUUCGAAACCGAAUUGCACCGACUACAGCAUGGACUACUCCGUGGACCUGCCCAGCGUGCUGAUGCAAGAGCUGUGCCAGCAGUUGUUGCCGCUGGAUGCCUACGGCCUGGGCAUGCACGGGCUGCCCACGGGCGUGCAGACCACCACCACGCCCACGCUCACGCUCACGCCCACCACGCUGCGCUCGCUCGCCACCACGGUGGACUUUCUAUCGGGCGCCAUGGACGACGAGCAGCCCACCUACCACAACGAGGCCGGCUUCGUGCCCCCUAUCGUCAACUGCUCGUCGUCCACCUACAUCAACAUGGUGGACUCGAAGGCGUGGCAGGGCGGCUCCGUCACCACCAUGCCCGCGGGCGCGAGCGCCUCGAAUCCCGGCGGCGUGGGCGCCAUCGUGAGCGUGGCGUCAUCCACGGCCGCGAGUCUGGCGCCGAGCCACCCUCUGCCCGCCGUGUCGCCGUGCCCCUCGUCCAGCAGCCCCACCCCCAGCGUCACCCCUGCCCGGAGGAGCGUGGGCGGGCGCCGGCCAAACAAAGCCAAGGGGAUCUCACCCCAGGAGGAGGAGCGCCGCCAGGUGCGCCGCGACCGGAACAAGGCCGCCGCUGCCCGCUGCAGAAAGAGACGAAUGGACCACACCAACUCCCUCAUCAUUGAAACGGAGGGUUUGGAAAAGAAGAAGCAGGGUCUGCAGCAGGAGAUCCAGGAGUUGAAGAUGCAAAUGGACGAGCUACAGUACAUUCUGGAGAGUCAUGUGUGCCGCCGUCCCUCUCGGCCGGAGCCCUGCUCCAGCCCACCGGACAUCAAGCCCACGGUGCCGACGCUCUUUGAGGUGAAGCAAGAGCCGAGGCUGGACGAGCCGCUGCCGGCCAAAAGACCGCACCUCUCGAUGCCAGCGCCGCCUCCAGCCCAAAGCAAACCACCCAGACCGACGUCACUGCCGGUGUCAUCCCACACCAUCCUCAGAUCGUCGGCCGCGGAAAUCGCCGGCAUUUCCAUAACCACCCCGUCGACGGGCAUUCCCCUGAACUUUGACUCUCUGAUGGACGGUGGGACUGGUCUCACGCCCGUCUCUGGUCCCCUGGUGCCCUCUUGUUCGUCUCAACAACGCAAUCAAAACUCGGUCGACUUGUCGAGUCCAGAUAGUAAUAUUGGCAAUAAGCUCGUGUCCUUGUGACGGCACUCCGCCUAACGUGCACCGCUGAGCGGUCAUCUGUGCAAUUGUCUAAAACUGGCAACAGUUUUUCAUAGUCAAACAAAAAUUGUGAUUUUAUGAGAUACUUUUAUUUUAUAAGAAACAAGUUUAUUUUCUCUUGAUUUUCAAAUUUCAGUCAUACAUUCAAAUAUAUUGAAUGUUGAACGAA